UCCCAUACACCCUAGCGCCAGCGGCUGCCCCAAGCAAAAUAAAUUCCUUCCGUCAGGACUCGGAAGCCAAUGCGCGCUCUCACUCCGGUACCUUUAAAAUAACUCAGAGACCGAAGAGGGAGCAGUGCGUACCAGUUAUGGGCUCCUCUUCUGCUUCUCUUCCUCAUGUUCUUUUCUCUCUCACGCUAUUCUUCGUGAUUCUCCCACCUCCCACACACGCCUCCACUGUCAGAGGGGUUGACAUUGGAAAUCCAGUUAUAGAUGUCAUUCCAUCCUUUCCUAAUAGACGUUUGCCUAGCCCAAGUUCAAAAGAUUUCUUAUAUUGUGAACGAGUUAAAGUGAGUGGUCGCUCGAGAUUAGAGGUCCGGAGUUAUGCUAAUUCCUUUCGAGUUACUUUGGCUCCAUCUGCUGUAAUCCCGGAGAGAUUGCAUAGCAAAAUUCAAGUUUGUUUUCACCGGAAUGCUUCGCUUGGAUUAUGUCAUUGUGAGAAGGAUGAGUGGAAAUCUAUUCAAAAGGGUCUGUGGAGAUCUAUCAUGUCUCCUUACGAGGGGAGAUAUGUUGAUGUGAAGUUCAUAAGUGAAAUUUCUGGUUCUGUCAGUAUCUCUGUUGAAGAAGAUUUUCAGAAAUGGCGCCUCCUGUGUCUAGCAGUGGGAUUUCUGUUAUUAUUGCUCGCUCCAAUAGUCAGCAGUUGGGUUCCUUUUUAUUAUAGCACCUCAAUGGCUAUUGGUGUUUUCCUUCUUGUUAUAAUCCUUCUUUUCCAGGGAAUGAAAUUAUUGCCAACUGGAAGGAAAAAUUUCUUCUAUCUUUCUAUAUAUGGAUCAGUGCUUGGAGCUGGCACUUUUGUUUUACAUCACAUUUCGGUGGUGGUAAAUUCCAUUCUCAUCAACUUUGGGCUGAGUGAAGAGAUGCACAAUCCAGUCUAUGUAUUUGUAUUAGUGGGGAUUGUUCUCGCAGGAGCUGCUUUAGGUUACUGGAUAGUGAGGAAAUUUGUGAUCUCAAAAGAUGGAAGUGUGGACGUUGGUGUAGCCCAGUUUGUGAAAUGGGCAACGCGCAUCAUUGCGACCACAUUUAUUUUGCAGAGCACUCUUGAUGCUCCUUUAGCAAUGGUCAGCUUGGUUUCGUUGUAUACCAUCUGCUUUCUUAUCAAUGCAUUGAGGUGGCGUCAUCCAGUGCAUGAAUCAUAUUCUCGGGGUGGCAAAGCAAUAACAGAGCACAAACGUGCUGAAUUCCUUAGCAGGUCAGCAAAAAUGAGCUCUGGAGGGAAGAUAUGGAGUAGUCCAAAGAGCUCAUCUGCUUGGUCCAACUCUCCUGUCAAAGGUAUGGCUAAUCAACAAACAAGAAGAGAUUACAUUGUGCGAGGUCCAAUUGAUCCAGAGCUUUUACGACUCCAGUCACAACACCGUUCUGAAGGGAUUUGGAUUGGUACAAUGGAGCAUGAGGUGCUUACGUGUAGAAGGCAGGGGAACAUAUUGCAUGCUGACAUUGAUGACCAAAUUGUUCCUCAUCUCCACGAUUCUGGAUUUAUUGGAAUUGCUAGAUUAGGAUUUUUUCCCCUUGACUGGCACCUUAUUAGUGCCUUUGUAGAGCGAUGGCGACCGGAAACUCAUACAUUUAUGAUGCCAAUUGGGGAGUGCACAAUCAGCCUUCAAGAUGUUGGCAUUAUCACCGGAUUGCCAAUACAUGGUUCUGCAGUAACUGGAAUGUCACGAGCUGAAUGGCCAGAAGUUUGUGAGCUCUUGUUGGGAGCUAGACCACCUCCAGAAAUGAUUCGAGGACAUACAUUAAAAUUAUCAUGGCUAAUUGAUGAGUUUGGAGCUAUUCCACAUGAAGCUGAUGAUUUAACAGUGUUAUGGCAUGCAAGAGCAUUCAUAUUACGACUCAUCGGUUCGAUAUUUCCCGACAAGACAAACUCACGUGUGAACUUGAUGUUCCUACCCCUAUUAGAAGACUUGAGGCAAACUGCGACAUACAGUUGGGGUGGAGCUUGCUUAGCCUUCCUUUAUCAUGAGCUUUGUCGUGUUGCAGUUACUGAAGCAAAGGAGAUUUCAGGACCCCUGUUCAUAUUGCAAAUCUGGGCUUGGGAGAGAUUUAAAAUAAUCUCUCCAUCAAUAAGAGAUCCAUCGGCACCUCAUGAUGCACCCCUAGGUGCUAGGUGGAGUAGAGCUCGACAGAUCACUGAAGUUACAACCCAUGUACUACAACAAAUUCGGUACAAUCUUGAUCGAAUGCGACCUGAAGAUAUUACAUGGGAACCAUAUAAUGAGGAAUUGUUGGAUGAGCUGCCCGACAUGUGCAUACAGGGCCGUCCCAUAUGGAAGACAGUGGUGCCAUUAAUUUGCUUCCAUAUUAUUGAAUGGCACCAGCCUGAUAGAGUGAUGAGGCAGUUUGGUUUGGCUCAACCUAUUCCACGACGAUCGAUGCAAACAGAUGAGUUACAUGAGAUUACUCUCCGAUUUAGUGAGAGUGAUUGGGCGCACUACCAUGCGACGUACAUUAAUCGUUGGAAUAGGCGAGAACAUUACAUUGUUCAAGGGCAAGAAAUGGCACAACCACUCCACCAUCAUUCUGAAUAUAUGGAGUGGUAUCGUCGAGUUGCAAGACGUUGGAUCUCAAUAAGUGGAGCUGCCAUUGGUUGUGUGGAGGAUGCAAUUGAGGAUUGUUUGCUAAAAUUACAGAACCCAUCAACAGAAAAUGUGGCUGAAGUUAAACAUACAUUAAGAAAAAUGAUGAUUGCUCUAGAGGAAGAAAGUCGGCUUUGCCAAAUGCCACCUCCUCAGUCCGCACCUCAAGCAACAACCUUUAAUGAUGAAUUAGAAGAUGACCAACCCAUCAACCAGCCUGAGCCCUCACAUAGAGCAACACGACGCCGAUCACGUCCUGCUCGACGUCGUCAACAUCCAGUGCGUCCAGCCUCUCCUCCCGAUGAUGCUUUGCCCCCACUUGUUGCAUUCCACCCUUACUGCAUCACAUCAGCGCCUGAUCAUUCUGAUCCUAUUCCCUCGGCUCCUGCACUAUCUGAUCCUGCUCAUUACACUGGUCGGAUGGCUACCCCAUCAAUGUCUGGCCCAUCAGCAUCAUGGAUGUCAUAUCAAACUCAAAUGCAAAACAGAAGCACAUUCGACUUUACUGAGAGUCAACAGCCGUAAACAGCAUUCGGCGGCUUAUUUGCUCCAUUUGACAGACCAUCAAGCAUUGGGCCAUCACACUAUAUGUUAGAUCAAUUUAGUGGAUAUGGGUCAGAACAAUACUUUGCACCAUAUCAUUCUGGUGCCUUAGGCCAUAUUCCAUCUGCUGCGGGUCUAUUUGGAUACCAUGAACAAUUUGCAGUUUAGAUUUGACUUAACAAAACCAGAUUUCCUAGAAUAAUAUUGAUCAUCACAAACUGAUGUUUUGCAAGCCAAGAAAUUGUUUUGAUCAA